AGGGGAGGGUUGCAGCUUUUAGAACCACAGACACAGAGAGAGGCUUCAUUCCCAGCCCCAAAGAUCCAGCCUUACGCAUCCAGCGCUGAAGACCAACCCGAUGUGUGUGCGCGCGCCGUGUUUUGACGCGUGAAUCAAGGCCACCAGGAUUGAGGAGAUACACCGCGGCCCUGCACGCUGGACCUGCACCGGUGCAUUUGCAAGAAGAAACUGCUCGCUGGCUGGCACGCUGUGAGAAUUAACCUCCACCAAGGCUUCUUCUUCCUUUUUGUUUCAGCAGAACACAAACUAAACCCCAGGUCGCGUCACUGAAACAAUCCGGUCAUGCCGCUGCUGCGCACCUGCCAGACCUCCGCGCCCGGACCGGACUGUUGAAGACAGCAAGAAGACAAGGCAACUUUUUGGGGGGAAGAAGUUGCCGUCAGAUCGGUUGUUGCAGCAAGGGGGUGGAGGGGCAAACUCAAGUCCCUCCAUCGAGUCGAAUUUUUCUCUUCACAUUUUCAUCCGUGACAGGAAGGCGACACGGCGACUUCAGUUGAUUAUCUCUCUUUCCUUUGCUAUCCAAUGGAUAUUCACUGCAAAGCGGACCCCUUCACUGCGAUGCACCGGCACGGAGGUGUGAACCAGCUCGGCGGGGUGUUUGUGAACGGCAGACCCCUCCCGGACGUGGUGAGGCAGCGGAUAGUGGAGCUGGCCCAUCAGGGCGUCCGGCCCUGCGACAUCUCCAGGCAGCUGCGGGUCAGCCACGGCUGCGUCAGCAAGAUCCUGGGCAGAUAUUACGAGACUGGCAGCAUCAAACCAGGAGUGAUUGGUGGGUCUAAACCUAAAGUGGCCACGCCAAAGGUGGUGGAAAAAAUCGCAGACUACAAGAGGCAAAACCCAACCAUGUUUGCGUGGGAGAUCAGAGACAGACUGCUGGCAGAGGGCAUCUGCGACAACGACACUGUUCCCAGCGUCUCAUCCAUUAACAGGAUCAUCCGAACAAAAGUCCAGCAGCCUUUCCAUCCGUCUCCUGAUGGGUCAUCCCUGUCGACACCAGGCCAUACUAUAGUACCAAGCACAGCCUCUCCGCCUGUAACCAGCGCCUCCAACGACCCUGCAGGAUCCUACUCCAUCAACGGGAUUCUGGGUAUUCCCCGAUCCAAUGGUGAAAAGAGGAAAAGAGAUGAAGAUGGUUCAGAUGGUUCUGGCCCAAACAGUGAUUCUCAGGGUAGUGUGGAGAGUUUACGGAAACACCUUAGGGCAGAUGCCUUCACCCAGCAGCAGCUGGAAGCAUUGGACCGGGUCUUUGAACGCCCCUCGUACCCUGACGUCUUCCCAACAUCGGAGCACAUCAAACCUGAACAGGCUAAUGAGUACUCGCUCCCUGCCCUGAAUUCCAGCCUGGACGAAGUCAAGCCCAGUUUAUCCUCUAGCGCCAACCCAGACCUGGGCCCCAGCGUGUCGCAAAGCUACCCUGUAGGUCGUGAUAUGGCCAACACAACCCUACCUGGGUACCCCCCUCACGUUCCCCCUACAGGCCAGGGCAGCUACCCAACAUCCACGCUUGCUGGAAUGGUUCCUGGGAGUGAGUUUUCGGGGAACCCCUACAGUCACCCACAGUACACAACCUACAACGACGCCUGGCGAUUCAGCAACCCAGCAUUACUAAGUUCCCCUUAUUAUUAUAGUGCCGCAUCGAGAGGCUCCGCCCCUCCCACUGCUGCCACUGCCUAUGACCGUCACUAGUUACCAUGGAAACCAAAUCAACCUGCAGGACCAUGGCCUUAGCCUCCAUAUUGCCCCGGUGUGAGCGGCAUGGUCCACUGGACACUGAGCAACUGCGCAUAAAAUGUUCCCCGGCUCACACAAUGAGAAACUUAACGUUUUUUUGGGAGGGGAUUCCAGACGACUGCUUCCCUCUCUCCUCCUCGCAGUUUUUUUUGGACACUCAAAGCCAAAAAAAAAUUUUAAAAAAAGAAAAAAAACUACAAGAAGAUCAUCAGAGACACUGAAAGUCACCACACAUGAUGAAAACCGGCUAAUUGCAGUAAAAAAUGAAAAAAGAAAAAGACUGAAAAGACAAAAAUACCAGAAUCUAUUUUCCCUCUCUGUGGCAGCGUCACAGUUUCAUCCCAUCACGGAUCAAUACUGUACAUUCCUUUUCUUGGCGGCUCUCAGCAGGGACGCUGUCCAGAGCUUAAAAUGUAGCAGCAGCCUUUUUUUUCCUUCUUCCUGUUUUCAUUUGUCUCCCACUCCGAUUCAGACGGCAGCGCAGUGAGAUCAGAGGAGAUUAGCGGCAGCACGUGCAGGCUGUGGCAGGCUAACGUUUGUUUUUAUCCAUCUGAACAGUCACCGACCAAAACAUCCAGCAUGAGAAAAAUCGAUCGCUUUUGAUGCCAUGAGAAGAUUAGGACAUGUUCUCUGUGAUACACAAUCAAGAUGUAAAAAUGAAAAUAAAUAAAGAAACAUCCAUGUGAGAAUAGAGGAAGCCAUGACAAUAUAUCACCAUGGCCCGCUAUUUGCAAGAUUUCAAGAAACUAGUAAAUAUAUUCUUAAAAUGAUUUUUUUAUUUCAUUUUUAUAAUUCGUAACGACUAAACUGCAGACUGCUUGGCUAGUGUUUUACUAUUUCUUAUUUGUCAGGAUACGAGAGGUCAUCAGGCAAAACCUUGUUGUGUUUUUUUGUUAAUUUUGCACUAUGUUGGAGGUUUGCAACACUGGAGCGUUAUUAUGCAGAAAAAUGAUGAUGCAUAUUUUUGCUUUAUGUCAUGAAACUGACUGUAAGUCUAAUAAGUCUCAGUGUGAAAAGGCACUUACAGUUUCACAGUUCUUUUUGUUCCCUGUAAUUCAAGGCCCAUCAUGUCACUGCCUUGACGUGCACUACUAUGUUCUCACAGCUUACAUUUUUAUUUAAGUUGAUUAAGUCUUUGGCAUUCAACCACAGAAAAAGGAUACAACAGCCAUCCCGAGUCAAACCAGUGUCAUAUCGUCUAGUUCGAAGCCGGAUUCACGAUCCUGGCGACUCCAAUAACAUCAAAAAGCAGGGCGACGAUUUCAGCUAAAUGCCUUAAACAUGUUCCCUCCUAACUUCAGCUCCCUCACAUGUUUCAGGCCAAGUUAUUUCUUUGAAUCAAGCUGGAACGAUGGUUUCUUCAUCUGUCAAGUGAAUGUAUUUGCAUUUGCCAAAGACUUAGUUCUUGUUAAUGUUUAUUUACAGGCCGCCUAUAUGCAUCAUGAGAGCAGUAUUAUUAUUAUUAUUAUUAUUAUUAUUGUUAUUAUUAUUAGGAAAAACCCACAUUGUUCAUGAGGAAAAGUAUAUGUAUAAAUUCUAUGCAGUGCAGAGAUGGUCAUCAUAUGCAUAUUCAGCUGUAAACCUAAAGGUAGGUGGAGUUUAUUUAACUGUUAUGUUAUUUACAAAUGGUUCAUUUUGUAGAAGGAUUUUUUGUGUGUGAUGUGAAGACACUCUCUCUGUAAAUACAGUAAGAAAAAAUGUCUUUCAUGUUCAUGGGUAUUAUCACUUUCAUUAUGCUGGUCUCACAUGUACAAUAAUAAAAGUGUCUGAAAUC